CUGACCCCUGCAGGCGGCACUGAUGGGCGGCACCACCAUGAUCAUCGGUCACGUUCUACCGGAUAAAGACAUCUCCCUGCUGGACGCGUACGAGAAGUGCAGGAGCCUCGCUGACCCCAAAGUUUGCUGUGACUACGCUCUGCACAUGGGUGUCACCUGGUGGGGACCCAAGGUGAAGGCGGAGAUGGAGACCUUGGUACGAGAGAAGGGCGUCAACUCCUUCCAGAUGUUCAUGACCUACAAGGAUGUGUACAUGCUGCGGGACAGCGAGCUCUACCAGGUGUUCCGGCAUUGUAAGGACCUGGGGGCCAUAACCCGGGUCCACGCCGAGAACGGGGACCUGGUGGCUGAGGUGAGAACCCACAAA